UGUGAUCACGCGCUGAGGACUGAAGGAGGCUGAUGGAGAGAUAAUGUAAUGGCGGCCACGUGAAAGAUCAAAUUACUUAUCAGUAAAUUAUUUAGGCCUUUUAAGUUUUGUAUCGAGUCAUAGAAAGUCGUAUUUCUGUUUUUAUAUUUUGUUGGCAGGGGUUUUAAAGAUAACAUUAUAUGCACGGCAUGCUAGCAAGCACGAGUGUCGUCAUGUUCUCGACAAAAAUGCAUUUAUUAUGAAUAAAAAAAUUACAAUUAUUAACAACAGUUCAGCAAUUUAAUUUUAUAAUUAUAACCAAGGCCAAGCUAGAUGAAAUGGAGGGUUGCUCAAGGCGACGCAGGCUUAAGACUGCACAUGAUGCAGACCACCACAUCAGCUUGAAAACUGACAAACCAUACAUUGAACAGUGGUAUAUUUACAGAUUUAAAGGUUUCUUGUGUAGACGUCAUUACAUUGGAUUAUCUAAUGAGACGAGUUAGUGGGCGGAGCAACACAUAUAGCCACGUCCCCUACAAGACGCUACAGGUACAAUUUAGACUUUCCUUAACCGUGCGACCACGACAACGACCCCUGCAAAAAUGGAGGUGGACUUUGGAGACAGCGUCCUUUUCAACAUUUUUCAGAGUGUGCCAGAGCAAGAGCAAGGUCAUUUUCCCUGUCCUCUGUUAUAUGAAUCAUUUAGGAGGCCAAAAAUCCAUCACCAUGAAAGGGUGAAUAACCCAUAUUUUUUUAUCGACCGUCAUGGUCAACAAAUGUUGCAGACAUGGAACAUUCCAGUAUACCAUCAGGUCUUUACCCUGGUCCUGGGUCAGGAGACUGAAGAAAAAAGGAUAAAGCCAUUCCACAGGCCUCCAGGCCAACGCUAUUUCAGUGAAAAGCUUUUCACUUAUCCAUAUACCGUGGGAGAGUGGGAACCAUCAGGACUGACCCUGUACGAUGGCAAAGAAGAAAACAACCAGAGCCAGGAUUCCCCCCAGGACUGGGAGAACGAUAUGGAGACAGAGAUAGAUAACGAAAACGCCUUUAUUUUGUGGAAUCCACCACCCCCACCUGAUGCUGUGUCCCGUGGCAUUACCCCACCAGUACCAUUGGGAACGCCACCCUGCACACCCACCCCGUCUCCGCUCCGAGAUACUGAGGAGGAUGAGCUGGAGGAGCAGCGCUUUGUGUGGGCGGCCCUUGAGGAGGCAUACUUACCUUCAAUUAUAUAGCUUCUUCUAAUCUGUAAAUGUUAAUAUAUCGGAUUUGUACUCUGUACAGCACUUUGAAUCAAUUUACAUUGUGCUUUGUAAUAAAGUGUUGUGACUUUUUUAAUGAUUGUGCAAUGCAGUGUUAAAUUAAAGCAGUUGUAGACUUUCA